CUGCAGAUGCGGACAGUAACCAACCUCUCAGAAACAUGAACCCCGACUGGAGUGAACAAGACUGCCGCAGGAACGGGAACCAGGGACUAUUCACCAGGGUGCAAGAUCCUGGAGAGAGACGUGCUUUCAGUGAAGCGCAGGAGGGGCCAGUGAUAGAAGCUGUUUACACACAAGAGGAAAUCUGUGAUCAGGAGUGGUGUGGAAGAAUAAUGGAGAAUACAGAGCUGGCAAUUUGUGACAGUAAAGAGAGCCCUGAACUUGAAGCUGUCCGCAUUAAAGAGGAGGCACCAGAGCUGGAGUGUGUUCACAUCACAGAGGAAGUUUCUAAAGAGAACACACUGGAGGAGAAUAUCGUUAAGCUGGAAUCCAGCCACUGCGAGGAUUGUCCUCCUGAACUGGUCUGCGUGAAACCCAGUCAGCGUGUCUCUGAAGACACUUGUUCUAGUGUUGGAGAAGAGGACACUGGGCUGGGGUCCAGUCAGGGGACACCGUGCUGGGGAGCAGCGCCGUCCACUAGCAGCACAGCAUCAGAUCCAGGAAGACGCAACUCCGCUCCAGCACCCCAGAGCAAGAUCUCUACUGACGGCGGGCUGCAGCGUAAGCAGAAACGCAGAGAGACGACGCCCCAAGAAGAAUACGUGAAGAAGCUGAGAACUCGCUCAGUUCUUUCUGCGCAAGAUAGCCGACCGCUUGCUCUGGGAUAUACAGCGUCUCCACAUCCCAGCAACUCUGCAACCCAGGGCAGCUUCAGUUCCCUGCAAACCCCCCAGCAGAUUCCUUCAGAGCAGGUCUUGUAUCACUGUACUGAGUGUGGCAGCAGUUUCACUGACCUGGGAAGCCUUCAAACGCACCAGCGUGCUCACGCAAGAGAGAAACCGUACGAGUGCCCUGACUGUGGGAAGAGAUUUAAUCAGAAAUUCAACCUCCAGACGCACCAGAGGAUUCACACGGGAGAGAAGCCGUAUCACUGCGCCGACUGUGGGAAGAGUUUUACUCGGAAAAGCAGGCUUCGCUUACACCAGCGCAUUCAGACAGGAGAGAAGCCCUAUGCCUGCCCUGAGUGCGGGAGGCGUUUCAAUAGAAAAGACAACCUUCGGUCGCACCACGUCACCCACACAGGAGAGAAACCCUUUGAGUGCAGCGUGUGUGGGAAGAGGUUCGCCGUGUCCAAUAAACUAAAGAAACACAGUUUGGUUCACCGAGAUCCAGUCAGUCGGGCCACUGAAAAAUGAACGAUUCCUUUUCAUGAAUGACAGGGCCUCAAUCACACCAGAAUACCAAAACAGACUCGCAGGCUCUCUCUUCGGCCUCAAACGCAGGUAACUGUUCGAAUAAACCCGUGAAUAAAGAAUGCCAGCUUGGGAAAGGCCUGCCCUGUAUCACGUUUUUGUAGCCCAGUUCCGCAGAGCACCUGCCCAAUGCGAGUUGUGUGUGUGAGAUUCAGGGGCGUCGCUUCCCAGAACUCUUGAGUGGAGAGUUUUUAUAAUAAAACAGUAUUCCCAUGUUUUGUUUCUCUGUGGAUGUGUCCCCCCCCCCCCCCCCCCCCUGGCGUCGAGGGUCCUAGGGGGAGUUGCCAGGGUGCUGACGCCAGCCCUUGGUAGAAUUUAGAUCUUGGCUUAGUUGCUGUGCCGUGAUCGAUGAUGCCCGCCAAGCCCUUUUACUCACAGAAUUCAUCUUUAAACACCCCAGCGGAAAAGAUUAACAAAACACACCUCUUGCCCCCCCCCCCCC